CCUCGGCCGCGCGAUGUGCUUCCUCAAAUUGGGUGCGGGGGAUAAGUACUCCUUCGGAACACUUCAACACAGGAAGCUCUUUCCUCACUACCAUCCCCCAAACUUGUUUGGGAACAAGUUUCUCCCUCUCAGGGGAUCGCCCCAUAGAGGGCCUGGGUGUUACAUACCAGAAGAUAUGUAUGGCUUGGCAUACGGCUUAUCUAGGAUCCCGACUAGUAUAAAAGGAUAUACUUUAGGAGCCAGAACAGCUGUGAGGUUUAAGCCAAUCAACAAGGAUGUGACACUUUACCCAGGCACGUACCAGAGAGUAAGUCCUCAGGAGGAAAAACACAAACAAAGUUUUGCUCCAUUUAAUGCCCUGGUGCCUCGAUUUAGGAGCUACUCAAAAGACAAUUAUUGUCCCGGCCCUGGCACAUACAACCCAGAGAUGAAGCCACAUCCCAAAAUUGCUUGGCCAAUGAAAUUUGGGUCUCCUGACUGGGCUCAAGUUCCAUGUCUACAGAAAAGAACCUUUAAAACUGAGCUGUCCACAGACAAAGACUUUAGAAAGCAUCGGAACCGUGUGGCCUACCUAAGCCUGUAUUACAACUGA